UUCAAAGGUCAUUAUUGAAUGAGGACUGGGAACCUCAUUUGCAUUUGGCGUUGGUUGUGUUGUGAAUGUUAUGAUUUAGGCGGGAUUCGAUCAGGAUGCCAGGCAGACAAACAAAAACACCAAAGAGGACAACCAGGCAGUCCAAUGUUGUUCCGGGAAGUCCCAUUGACAUUGGAAUUUUGAAGCCUUUGAGUCCAAAAACUCCAGGAUGGAUGUCAGGACGAAAUGCAGUUUUCAAAACACCUGAGUCACCCUCUCAAAAGCGACUUAGGACUCGCAGGUCAUCUAUGUAUCAGUCGAAGAUGAAUGAAAAAUGUUUUGAAUCACAGAGCAAGACAACAAAAUUUGAACUUCAUGAGAAACAACAUAUUCGUUCCCCUCCAGUUGCUAAACGUACAAGAAGGUCAUCUAUCUACCAAAAGACAACCAUGAAAUUAGUGGACAUUCCUCUUUCUCCCGAGUCCAAAACAAGUGUCACCACUAGGACUAGGAGAGCCUCUGUUUAUCACAAAGGGGGUGGUGCUAAACUUGUCCAGAUCACAGAGGAAACAGGUGUUACACAGAAAGGAAGAAAAAUGCCUGUGUCCGUCAAACCAUUCUCUAGUUUGAAAACUCAGGAUAAAUCUGGUUCUAGUUCAACAGCAACAAAUAAACAGGACGAAGCUAAGCCACCUCGUCCAGCGACAAAGUCUUUAGCACAGAAGAGAAAGGUACAGACCCCUGUUAAGUCUCCAAAGGCAAAGAGGGCCAAGGUUAGUAGUCCAUCACUCCAAGUGAAGACGGCCACACAGGAGACAGAGAAAGUUACCAGUCCUCAGGGUGAUAGAAAAGCUACAUUAAAAACUGCAAUGAAGUCCUCAACCAAGAAAACCCCAGUGAAAUCUUUGACUGCAAAAACUCCUGCAAAAUCUACAAGGUCAUCUCGCAGCACUCCUUUGAUGAAAGAUGAGGUCUCAUCUGUAACAAAAUCACCAGCAAAGCAAUCCUCAGCAAAGACACCGGCUGCAAAAACUCCUGUUGUUCAAAGUAAAGCAAAGACACCGGCGACAAAAACACCAGUUGUUCAAAGUAAAGCAAAGACACCGGCGACAAAAACACCAGUUGUUCAAAGUAAAGCAAAGACGACGGCGACAAAAACACCAGUUGUUCAAAGUAAAGCAAAGACACCGGCGACAAAAACACCAGUUGUUCAAAGUAAAGCAAAGACACCGGCUGCAAAAACUCCUGUUCAGAACAAGACAAAAACACCAGCAGCAAAAUCUCCUAUUGUUCAGAACAAGACGAAUACACCAGCUGCAAAAACUCCUGUUGUUCAAAGUAAAACAAAGACACCGGCUGCAAAAUCUCCUAUUGUUCAGAAAAAGACGAAAACACCAGCAGCAAAAACAGUUGUUCAGAACAAGAUGAAAACACCAGCUGCAAAAACUCCUGUUGUUAUGGAUAAGAUGAAGACACCAGCUGCAAUGCCCAGUAAAAUAGUUUCAUCACCUUUGAAAGACACACCAGUCCUCAAGUCUCAUAAACAAAGCGUGUUAAUACAGAAUAAUCACAUGGCUAGUGUAAAGAAAAGGAAACUGUCUGCAGAAAAUGGUGAUGUCAACAGUCCUAAGCCUCAUAAAAAGCAUAAGUCUGUGGAAAGUGUACAUGAGUUGAAAAAUGUAAAAUACAAAUCUGUUGUUGUGCAAUCUCCGCCUGGUAGUGGGAAAAGACUGAAGACACCAAAAAAACUUCCCAAAACACCAGUAGUUAAGCGCAAAACAACUCCUUCACGCCGUGCUGAGGUGUCAUCACAGAAGGUGGAUAUCAUCCCCGUUCAUGUGGACCAGGAGAAUGAACCACUCAACAUCACCCUGAAUGACGAGGCAAACACGUCCAUCACCAGCCAGACAAGCAAUGAACUGAACACAACUUACUCACACUCAUCUCGAUGUAUCAUCCUCUAGACCCACUGCCGCUCAUUGCAGUGUAAAAUCCUCUAAACCGGAGGCACUGUCACUAAUCACAGUGUAUCAACAUCUAGACCUGAGGCAGCAUCAUUCAUCAGUCUAUCACCCUCUAUUUGAGAGGCAGUUCACUCCUAUCAUCUAGUCCAGAGGCAGUGUCGUUCAUCAGAGUGUAUCAACAUCUAGUCCGUAGGUAGUGUCACUCAUCAGUGUAUCGUCCUCUAGACUGGUGGCAGUUUUCUGUACAGCUCAGGUUGGGCUUUAUCAGUUGACAGACCUUGACUGUGAGGUCUCCAAUGGCAAUUCACAGGGUGUCCUCAGACUCUGGACAAAAAAGUUCUUAUAAAAAUUCAUAGGCUUUGUCAACCACUGUAACAAUGUACAUCUGAAGCAGGCUCAUGCCAUCAAAUGGUUUUAGAUAAAUUUGUUGAAUCUUUGCCUGAGUUUUAUAAAAACAAAACAAAACAGUGUAGUUGGUAGGGGAAGAGAAGAGUAUAUUGCAUAAUUAUAGGGUAGAUGUAUCAACUCAAGUCUGUUUAGUCUUACGUACAUUAAUAUGCAAACCUUAUAUUUUAUUGAAAACUUAUGUUUCUUCAUGUAGAUUUUAUCAAAGCAAAGAUUCUAUUUAUUUUUAUUGGUAAAGAAACGUUUGUCUUUUAAAUUUAUUAUUAUUAUUAUUCAAUGUACUUGCCAUAUUUUGUUGCAUUGCGAUAGAUUUUAACAUUACAUGUACACUUAUUUUCAUGUCAACAUGAAAUUCUUCAAAUCUGGAUCUGAACAGUGUCCAAACUAACAAGUGUACAGGGUAAGAGUUUCGAAUUUGAGAUUGCAGAAUGUACUAGAUAUUGGUUUCUUAUGAUACUUGUUAACAGUAGCAGUGUGUAAUCUGUCAAAUUUUAGUCUUCCCUUUCUCUUCUUUGUCUUUCUUUCUCUCUUGGCGGGCAUGUGAUGCUCCACUUGUAAAUAUAGAAUGUGUCCAUGCUUCAUCACACCUCACUUGUCAUCAUCCUGUUUUAUUCUUGAAAUUAAAUAUUGUUUUUGUUAUAAUUAUAAGUGCCACAUGUAGUUCCAUCUUUCAAUGUUUGUACAGAUUUGUAACAUAAUGAAAACAUAAAACACUAGAAGUAUGAUGAGGUACACAGAAUUUGUUUUCAGAGUUUUUAUAUACACAUAUUUUAGAACCACAAAGCAUAACUACUCUGGGGCGUGUUAGUGUUAAUUUGUUUGGUUAUAGCUAUAUAGCUUAUAAUGCAAAUCAAGACGAGAAAAAUCUCUAGUUGGAGAAAUUCUCCAAGAACGAACAUCCUGCCAAGUUCAUAUAGGCGUUGUGGUUCAUCUACUAGGUUUCGGGGGAAUACUUAGCGGUAUACAUAGCCCUCUUGAAUAAAAAGUAAGCAAAUCAAAAAGAAAAGAGGGGCAACCGCUGAAGCCAGAUUUCCAAACAGUAUAUUCUACUUUCUUCUAUAGCUGGUUGUCGACAUGUAGAUUGGUAGUUAUGUUGGGGACAUAUAUCAGUAGUUUGGAUAAUUGAAAUAUUUUGACAUUUAGUUAUGCAGCAUUCUUCUGCAUCAAAAUUUUUUUUUCUUUUUUCUUUUUUUUUUUAAGCUCUUUAAUGAAAUUUAAAGCAGACUUUAUUCUCUCUGUUGAAAAUUCAUCAUCGACAUCAAGCCCUCUAAAAUUUCUAGUCAUUUUAUGAAAAGCCCUUUUUCAGAUAAAACACUUUAAGAGAAUGUCUAAGAUUACAGGGCAUCCAGUAGACCCUUGAGAGUAUGUUUUUGACUCUUCAAAAUCAGAUUUGACUCUUGAGUUUGAAGGAGCAUGUCUAUUUGACAUAAUGUUUUGACCCAUCAUAUCAUAUCACAAGGUGAUUUGACUUCUGAAAUUGCUAAAAGUCAAGGGUCAACUGGAUGCUCUUGAUUAAAUGAUAGAUUUUGGUUAAAUCUUGAAUCAACAUUUUGGUCUCGAGGUACAAAUGUAUCAUGAAUGAUGACCAUCUUCCAGUUUUAUCUAUUUGUCAUAACUUGAAUUAGCAUUGAAUUUUUCAUUUCAUCAUCUCGUGGUACACAAAACUGUAUCAUGAAUGAAGACCAUCGUCUGAUUUCAUAUAUUUAAUUUGUUAUAACUUAUAAAACAUGUACGGUACCUUGUAUGUGUGAUAAAUAUGUACUACACAUGCAAUUUUUUUCAUAGUCCUUUAAAAUAUUUUGAAAUUUAAAUAUUGCAUGUAUGCAAUUUCACUAUAUAUAUGUGAUGAGUUAAUGAUCAUGACUACCAAUGAUUGUCAGCUAUUUUUACCAACAAACAGCAUGUAUUAAAUUAAGGUGGAUUUUAGUUAUUUUCCCUGGUAGACACUAGUCAUUUCAAAGUUUAUUUAACCAACUUUUGAAAUCUAGUCGAGAGCAUGAAGUAAGAUUGUGAGUGUAUAUAUUCUUUUCGGCAUAUGUUGUUCUGGGGUAUUGCAUUAAGACGAUGCAUCUUGGACAAGAAUUGUACAGGUAUGUGUGAACAUGUGUUAUCAAAGUGUGUUGUUAACAGGAUGUACCAGUAUGUGUGUAUAUGUGUUAUCAGGGUGUUGUAAACAUGGGAUGUAUGGAAUGAGGAGUUGUUGUAAACAUGUGGGAUACGGUAUGAAGAUAUUUGUGUUGUAAACAUGUGAUGUAAGGUAUGAAGAUAGUUGUGUUGUAAACAUGUGAUGUAUGGUAUGAAGAUAGUUGUGUUGUAAACAUGUGUGGUACGGUAUGAGGAUGUGUUGUGUUGUAAACAUGUGGGAUACGGUAUGAAGAUGUGUUGUGUUGUAAACAUGUUGUGUAUGGUAUGAAGAUAGUUGUGUUGUAAACAUGUGGGGUACGGUAUGAGGAUGUGUUGUGUUGUAAACAUGUGGGGGUACGGUAUGAGGAUGUGUUGUGUUGUAAACAUGUGGGGUACAGUAUGAGGAUGUGUUGUGUUGUAAACAUGUGGGGUACGGUAUGAGGAGUUGUUGUAAACAUGUGGGGUACGGUAUGACUGAGGAUGUGUUGUGUUGUAAACAUGUGAUGUACGGUAUGAGGAUGUGUUGUGUUGUAAACAUGUGGGGUACGGUAUGAGGAGUUGUUGUAAACAUGUGGGGUACGGUAUGACUGAGGAUGUGUUGUGUUGUAAACAUGUGGGGUACGGUAUGAGGAUGUGUUGUAAACAUGUGGGGUACGGUAUGAGGAUGUGUUGUGUUGUAAACAUGUGGGGUACGGUAUGAGGAUGUGUUGUAAACAUGUGGGGUACGGUAUGAGGAUGUGUUGUAAACAUGUGGGGUACGGUAUGACUGAGGAUGUGUUGUGUUGUAAACAUGUGAUGUACGGUAUGAGGAUGUGUUGUGUUGUAAACAUGUGGGGUACGGUAUGAGGAGUUGUUGUAAACAUGUGGGGUACGGUAUGACUGAGGAUGUGUUGUGUUGUAAACAUGUGGGGUACGGUAUGAGGAUGUGUUGUAAACAUGUGGGGUACGGUAUGAGGAUGUGUUUUGUUGUAAACAUGUGGGGUACGGUAUGAGGAUGUGUUGUAAACAUGUGGGGUACGGUAUGAGGAUGUGUUGUAAACAUGUGGGGUACGGUAUGAGGAGUUGUUGUGUUGUAAACAUGUGGGGUACGGUAUAUGAGGAUGUGUUUUGUAAACAUGUGGUGUAUGGUAUCAGGAUGUAAACAUGUGAUGUACGGUAUGAGGAUGUGUUGUGUUGUAAACAUGUGGGGUACGGUAUGAGGAUGUGUUGUGUUGUAAACAUGUGAGGUACGGUAUGAGGAUGUGAUGUGUUGUAAACAUGUGAUGUACGGUAUGAGGAUGUGUUGUGUUGUAAACAUGUGAUGUACGGUAUGAGGAUGUGUUGUAAACAUGUGAUGUACGGUAUGAGGAUGUGUUGUGUUGUAAACAUGUGAUGUACGGUAUGAGGAUGUGUUGUGUUGUAAACAUGUGGGGGUACGGUAUGAGGAUGUGAUGUGUUGUAAACAUGUGAUGUACGGUAUGAGGAUGUGUUGUGUUGUAAACAUGUGGGGGUACGGUAUGAGGAUGUGUUGUGUUGUAAACAUGUGGGGUACGGUAUGAGGAUGUAAACAUGUGGUGUAUGGUAUCAGGAUGUAAACAUGUGGUGUAUGGUAUCAGGAUGUGUUGUAAACAUGUGGUGUACAGUAUGAGGAUGUGUGUGUACUUGUUAAUCUCUCAGGAACCCAUUUUCUCCAUUUGUUGGAGAGGAAUAAGUGACAACCUGCUAUAUUGUAAUAGCUGUUUGUUGUGUGUGUAAUUUCCUCUGUCUGUUGGAGUGAAAUUAGUGAUGAUUCUUUAACUAGCUACAUUCUGGUAGCUUUUUGUUGUGUUUUUAAUUUCCUCCAUUAAUUGGAGUGGAAUUAGUGGUAACUUGUUACAUUUUGGUAGCUAUUUGUUGUGUGUGUGCAUAUUUCGAAGG